AUGACUGAGUGGUGUUGUUUAUUGAGUAUAGACUGGGAAGAUUCGAAAAGGAGCGAAAACUCGCAAGAAGAGCAAAUAAGGUCGCAAACUAGUCUGCAUAUACAUCUUGUAAGAAACAGAUUGGUCUCCGACAAAGAGGCCUCGUGUCAGGAGUGGUGGGAUGAAUGGGGAUGGCGAGUAGCUGCCUGCUCACGGACUUGCGGUGCCACAUGCGUUGUUGAUGGAGGUAUCACCUGA